AUGAACAACGAACAGUUCCGUCGCCUUGUUUCUACAAGUACCCCUAAGCCAUCACCGAAUAGCAAUGGCGCAUCACCAGGCGCAGCCACUCCUCGAGGAGCAUCGCUCGGAUCUAGACAGAAGUCAAGCAUUCCUAUGACGCCUCGCUCAGUUGGCCUUCAUAAUAAAUCCGAUUUCGCACGACAAUUAGCAGAACGCAACCAUGGCGGCGACAAACAACCAAAAAAAUUCAAGUCAUAUAAUCCCAAGGGUAGCAAAUUAGCAGAGGGAUAUGUAGACCGCUCUCAGAACAGAACUUCGGAAGAGGAGGAUGAACGAGCAGCGCGAAUAAAAGCACUAGAAGAAUCCCUCAAGAAGGAAGAGAUCGACCAAGAGACUUUCGACAGACUCAGGAGUCAAAUUGCCGGUGGUGAUUUAUCUAGCACUCACUUAGUAAAAGGCCUCGACUUCAAACUCCUCGAACGAGUACGAAAGGGCGAAAAUGUUUAUAGCGAUAGCGGCGAGAAGGAAGAGGAAUCCGAGCCGGAAGAAGACAUCGAUGAAGAGCUGGACCAAUUAGAAGAAAAAGAAGUUGCGGCGGUCGCAAGAGAGAAAGCAGCAAAAAAAGGACAACUAUCGACAGCACCACUAAAUCCAUCGAAGAAACGAACGAGAGACCAGAUCCUAGCCGAGAUGAAGGCAGCAAGAGAAGCAGCAAAGGCCAAAGAGGAUACGGGUCUAGGAUCGAAGUUCAAGAAGAUUGGCGCGAAGACUCCCGGAAUGAGAAUAGAGCGAGAUAGUAAAGGCAGAGAAGUAUUAAUAGUGGUGGACGAAGAUGGCCACGAGAAGCGAAAAGUUCGCAAGAUUCAGGCAACAGCUGAAACGUCAUCGAAAGAUACAGAUAUGAUGAUGCCUGAUAAGAAUGCAAAACCUCUCGGCAUGGAAGUUCCAGAGCAGUACAGGAAACAGGCCGAAGAAUCAGAUGAUGAAGAUAUCAACAUCUUUGAUGAUGUUGGUGACGACUACGAUCCUCUUGCUGGGCUAGAAGAGGAAGACUCCGAAGACGAUGAGUCCGCCGCGAAGAAGCCACAACCAUCCGACAUAAGCCAGGAAGAUAAGGUUGCCAUGCCUCCUCCACCACGGCCAGCUACUACAACAGAGUCACGGAAUUACUUUAAGGAUUCCAAGACCAAAUUGGUGUCAUCUGAGUCGCUUAAGGCACCGUCUAUGUCUGAUCCGGCAAUACAAGCAGCCCUCAAGAAGGCAGCAUCUCUAAAUCCUAUAUCCAAGUCGACAGAAGAGGAAGACAAGGAAGCAAGUGCUAAAGCGGAACGUCUAAAGAAGAUGCUGCAGAAUAACGAUCGCGACGCAGAAGAUAUGGAUAUGGGCUUUGGUACAAGUAGAUUUGAGGACGAAGAAGACUUUGAAGAGCAGAAGGUCAAAUUUUCAGAAUGGGGACGGGAGGGUGACGAUGAGGGUCAUGGUGGAGGCGGUCCUAAACGUAAGAGAGGGCCCAAGAAGCGAAAGGGGGAUGCCAAUAAUGCAGCGGAUGUGUUACGAGUCAUCGAGAAACGGCGAGCCGCUGAAUGA